AAUAAACAUUGUAGUGUAGAUCCUGAAUAUGUUGACGUUAAACACGCCAAAUUAAUUGGAGUUUUUUUGUAGUGUCCCGUAUUUUGAAACGUUUAAAGAUCAAGAUCUUGUAAAGAGUAAAAAAAAACGAGUGCGUAUUCAGGCUACGUCAGUUCUUACAGAUCCUCUGAAUGACAAAGAUGAACAAGCUCAUACUUUUAGUAUUUGUUGUGUGCGUGGCGGUUGUCAGUGCAAAAGAUUUUAACUCGGAGUAUGUCCUCUACAACAUCGAUGAUGAACAGUUGGGCCUGCAGUGGCCAAGUGACUGUAGGAGAAGCCCCCUGUUGAUUUACGCCAGGAAAUGCAAUCUCAAUGUCAUAAUAAGUGUGAAUGGUUUCAGCGUCGAGGACCCAGCAUCUAAACUGCAAAUCACGAGGAUUCCAUGGGUAGUCUCCAACAAUCAACAUUGCCGUGACAUCAUCGGCGCUUUGACAGCCCGCUGUGAAGGCACAACAACCAACCCGGGACCUACAACUACUGAUGCUUCCUACUACAACGGCGAGGGAGAUUACCAGUAGAACGAAACACCUGGAAGAGAUGCGCAGAACACAUUUGACAACCAAUAUAUGGCCACGAGUCCACAGGAAAUCUUUAUUUAAACAUUAUAAAAAAGACGAUUUAUUAGAAAACCUUCAUUCACACGGCAUGAUUAAAUAAAAGCCGUGCUCUGUAAAAAACGGGUUUAAUGCAUCUUCGUAAAGUGCCGUCCUAGAUUAGCCUGUACUUACCGCUUGUAUUAUAACUUUCGUAUAGUUUAUGCAGAAAGCGUUGUCCUUGAUUAGCCUGUACGGACUUCAAGGCUUAUCUGGCACGACAAUUUGCGCACAUGCAUUAAGCCCCUUUUUCGAAGAGCACUGUUCAUAAUGAGAAGGUGUGUAAUAUGUAUAAGCCACUCAAACAGUCAUAUCAUUUCUGCAGCAAGCUUUGUAUAGGCGUGCAUCCGUAGGAAUAAAAUGUCUACGCAUAGAACAAACCAUGUAACACUUUAUAAACUAAUACUGACAUAUAGUCCCGGUAGUAUAUAUAUAAUAAUCAUUAUUUAUCUAAGCCAAGAAUGGACAUUGCCUUGUUCAUCCGAAUGAACUCACACAUAAACACGCAACUUCUGUCCCAUCGGUCAUCUUUAUUGUUAAAUUUUAUGAAGUUAAGGCGCUGGUCGGUAAAUGCAAUUGCAAGACAUUGAUUCACAUAAAACAUUCUUAAUAAGUGUAAACACAACCUCUUAUCAGCAACUUUCUGUCCUAAACGUAUUUGCGGUUCUAUUUCCUGGUGCGAAUAGUUUAUAUUAUAAGCUUGUCGUUAAGUUCACAAAAAAAUGAACCCCGCUCGGUGAGAAAAGGGGUUUAAUGCAUGUUCGUAAAGUGUCGUACCAGAUUAACCUGUGCAGUCCACACUGGCUUAUCAGGGUCGACACUUUGCGCCUAAACUUGAUUUUUACUAAGAAGAUACAUUUUUGAACGAAAAAUAUCUUACAAGCGGAAAGCGUCGCCCCCGAUUAGCCUGUGCGGACUGCGUUGGCUAAUCUUGGACGACACUUUACGCGAAUGCAUUAAAACCCUUUUCACAGAGCGCGGCUUAAAUAUGUCUACAAAUGGCACCUUCAAAUAUGAACAAUGCGUAACUUCAGCUGCACAAUCAGAAGAGUACCAAUUUUUAUAAUUUUUUUUAUAUGACCCGGGGUAACUUCAAUGAUCCAAGCAAGAACGUUGAAAUAAAAUUAAUUUAUCCAUACGUGUCGCGGUGCUUUUUGGUUGUUCAGUACGUUUUCAUUUUGUUUCAAGCCACCACAGAAAGCAAACGAGUUUGUUUGAACAUCAAUUGGUGCACAAUUAGGAUCAACUGCAGUGUGGAGCUUUCCGGUCGAUUCAGAAAUAUUUCUAUUUUAAAUGAGGUUAUAUUAAGCACGGCAAGACUUGUGAAAUGUUUUACCAGGGAUGUUUAAACUUUAUCACAGGUCAAACAACGCAUGUCCAUAAACAAAACGAUCAUGCGUUUUAAUGAAAUUUUAAUGAAAAUAUAGGUAUGCAAGGUGUGUUCGGUAUACAUUUCAAAAUGUUUGUAAACCUUUAACAUGACAGGCGUACCCGCUCUACCGAUUUAUCAUAUUUUGUUAUUGUCGUUACAUUGUGAAAUAUUCUGUCCGAAAAUGUUGAUUCACGAAACAUAAUUGGACCGUGCUCUGUGAAAAAGGGGUUAAAUACAUGUUCGUAAAGUGUCGUCCCAGAUUAGCCUGUGCAGUCCUCAUAGGCUAAUCAGGGACGACACUUUCCGUUUUAACUAGAAUUUUGAUAAGAAGAUACUUUCUUGAAACGAAAAAUUUCAUUAAAGCGGAAAGUUUUCGUCCCUGAUUAGCCUGUGCGGACUGCACAGGCUAAUCUGGGACGGCAUGUUAAGCACAUGCAUUAAACCCCCUUUUCACAGAGCACGGCCCAAAUUAUUCUUGCUGAAAAUGGAGUUGUCCGAAAAUUUAGUGCCCUUAACUUAAGAGUUAUUACGGUACGUUGGAAAACAUUAUUCUUAACUUUAAAUUACAUUCAUGGAAAAAACACGCUAGUGAAACGUCAAAUCAGAUCUUUUAAUUAUCCUUGUUCUUAAAGUGUUUACUUUAAUGCAUGAAACUUAUAACCUUAAUACAGGACAUAACUAUUGAGCCUGUUUGUAAACAGCAAUUAACUUAUGAUUGUCAUUAGAGCUAUAAACUUUUAGAACAUUUGAAACGGAACAACGCACUUUUCUCCCAUUUAAGCGAAUCGUUUUCAAUCAGGACGUCGAGAAAGAACAUACAGCCAAACGAUAACAUCACAACUUAGCAUCACUUAUAUUUAAUUUAAGGUCGAUGGGUUUUGAAGAGAACAGAGAAAAUACUUACAUUUAUUGACAAACAUCAUGUCAAUAAAUUUGGCAAUUUCACUAUUGUUUACAUGUACACACUUUGAGGAUAAAAUUUCUGUGAUGCAACCUGAAUAAAUGUAUAUUUAUUAAA